AAUAAAUAAGGAAUUUCCCUACACCUCACCCCAUUCUUCUCCCACUCCCUCAACCCCCCAAUUCAUGUCUUCCGGCGCCACCGUCACCGUUGUGGAGCGCUGCGCCAUUUCCCCUCCGCCGCGCUCCACUCCUCCGGCCACUCUCCCACUCACCUUCUUCGACAUUCCCUGGCUCUUCUUCUCCCCAUCUCAGCCCAUUUUCUUCUUCUCCUCCGCCUCCGCCGCCGCCGCUGUGCCAAAGCUCAAGCACUCUCUCUCUCUCGCCCUCACCCACUUCUUCCCCCUCGCCGGAAAAUUGGCCCUCUCCGCCGAGCCCCGCCUCGAGUAUAAUGACACCGACUCCGUUCUCCUCAUCGUAGCCGCGGCGCCCGACGGCGGCGCGUUCAAGAAUCUCGCCGGAAACCACCGCCGGAGCUGCGGCGAUUUCCGCCGCCUGGUGCCGGAAAUGGGCGGCGGAGACGGACCGGUUUUGGCUGUUCAAAUCACUGUCUUCCCCGAAAUGGGAAUCAGCAUUGGAUUCGCGCUGCGAAAUGCGGCUGCGGAUUGGAGAACGUUCAACAAUUUCUUGAAAGAGUGGGCUUGGAUCUGCAAAAAUGGCGCCGGCGGGAGACACGUGGCGUCCCAUGAUAGGUCAGUGAUCCUUGACACUAGUGGGCUGAGGUCGUUCUUCUUGACUGAGUUUUGGAAAUUGAAAAAUGAAAUAAAAGAAUCAAAUUAUUAUAAAAGUAGUAAUAAUGAUAUUGUAAGAGCCACAUUUGUAUUGGGCCCCAAAGAAAUGGGAGAGAUCAAGAAAUGGAUCCUGACCCGGUCGGAUCUCUUAUUCGGGUCGACCCAGUUGCUUCUCUCGCCGUAUGUGGUGGCAUGCGCUUUUAUAUGGGUGUGCUGGAUGAAGGCGCAUUGGUGUACCGAUGCGAGUGUGGUUCAUUAUUUCGGCUUUAUCGCGGGCGGGUUGACCCGAUUGCCAUUCGCGGUGCCUAGUAAUUAUGCGGGUAAUUGUGUGGGGUUCGGUCGGUCGGCAGCGAGGAGAGGGGAAUUGGUGGGUGAAGACGGAGUUGUUCAUGCUGCCAAGGCGAUCGGGGAUACGGUGAAGAAGUUGAAUGUGGACAUGUUGAGUGGGGCGAGAAAUUGGAUAUCCGAGUGGGAGGAGUUGCGGGAGUCGGAGCUCCAUAUUACGGUGAGUGGAUCGCCCAAAUUGGACUUGUAUGAUCUGGAUUUCGGGUGGGGAAGACCGGUCAAGCUUGAAGAAGUGUCGAUUCAUAAUCAUAAUGCAAUCUCUCUAAGUGAAAGUAGAGAGGUUAUUGGGGGUAUUGAAAUUGGUGUCGCUUUGCCUCCACUUAAAAUGGAUGCUUUCACCACGUUGUUUAAUAAGGUAUGACAUCUUUGUAUAACUACUCAAUCUCCAUUCCAUCACAAAUAAACAUGUGUAUUAAUUUACUAGUAAUAAAGUCAAAUUUGAGAUACGUACACAAUGUGAAAAAAAUCAGAUUUAUGUGUGAGGACAGCUGCAAUUAAUCUUUGAUAUUCGAUGCAUGUGAUUUCUUUUC